AUGCAUUCUUACUUUAAGCUGUUUCAAACAUGCUCCAAUAUCAAACAGUUGCAGCAAAUCCAUGCACACAUUAUUGCGAGGGGACUCGCCGAAAAUGAAAUAUUGGGGUCUAGGCUUAUAAGCGCGUAUGGAAAGCGGCAGAGUGUAGAUUAUGCACGCCUGGUUUUUGACAUAAUUCCCAAAGAAAGCGUAUUUUUAUGGAAUUCAAUGAUUACUGGGUAUUCCAAGAAUGGGUUUUGGGACAAAACCCUGGAGCUCUUUUGCCAAAUGCAGAAUGAACAAGAAGCAGACCAUUUUACAUUCCCCUGCGUUCUCAAAGCAUGCGCUGCAAAGUCUGCUCUGCAGAAAGGCAGGGAAGUUCAUGUUCGUGCAAUAACAUGUGGAUUGGAAUCCCAUCUGUUUGCAGCGAAUGCCGUUAUUACCAUGUAUGCGAAAUGCAGGCGUGUGGAAGAUGCACGCAAAGUGUUUGACAAAAUGUGUCCAUCCGAAAGAGAUACGGUGUCCUGGAACUCUAUGGUUGGAGGGUAUGUGCAGAAUGGGAAGGGAACCAAGGCUUUGGAAUUAUACAUUCAAAUGAAGACGAGGAUCGAACCAGAUGCAGUGACAUUCAUAAGCCUUCUUCCAAUCUUUUCAGAUGUCAAUAAAGGUAAGGAGAUUCAUGCUUGCAUAAUCAGUAGUGGACUGCAUUUGAAUUUGCAGCUGGGGAACGCACUUGUAGCAAUGUAUGCUAAAUGCGGCGUUAUUGAGUGCGCGCUCAAAGUGUUUGACGGAAUGCUUGAAAAAGAUGUCGUAUCAUGGACUGCAAUGAUCACAGGAUAUGUCCAGAAUGGACAGAGUGGGGAAGCCUUAAAGUUGUUCCACAAAAUGCAGCUGGCAGAGGUCAAGCCAAAUGCUGUUACUUUCAUAAGUGUUCUUCCAGCUUGCAACGCCCUAGUAGCUCUUCAACAAGGUAAGGAGGUACAUAAUUCAGUUAUAAGAAAUGGGUUUGAAUCGGAUGUUUUCGUGGUCAGUACCCUGAUAGACAUGUAUGUCAAAUGUGGGAGUUUGAAGAUUGCACUUCACUUAUUUAACACAAUGGUGCAUAAAGAUCCGGCCUUGUGGACUGCAAUGAUUUCUAGCUAUAGUAUAAAUGGGUGUGCCGAUGAGGCAAUUAGGCUUUUCGAUCGAAUGCUUACGUUAGGAUAUAAGCCGGACAGUGUCACCUUUGUCGCUGUUCUAUCUGCUUGCAGUCGUGCAGGCAUGGUGGUGAAAGGCCGGCGUUACUUUGAUAGGAUGAAACUAGAUUAUUGCAUUGUACCUGGGUUGGAGCACUAUGCAUGCAUUGUAGACCUUCUUGGUCGAGCAGGGCACUUGGACGAGGCAUAUGAUUUCAUUGGCAAUAUGCCGUUAAAACCAAAUGAUGAUGUGCGGGGUGCCUUGCUUGGUGCCUGCAGAAUUCAUCAAAAUAUACAGUUGGGAGAGCUUGUAGCAGAACAUCUCUAUGACCUGAAACCCAAGAAGGCUGGCUAUUAUGUUCUGAUGUCAAAUAUCUAUGCUGCAGCUGGAAGGUGGGAUGGUGUAGAAAAGGUAAGAGCAAUAAUGAAAGACAAGGGGGCGAAAAAGAUGCCAGGAUAUGCCUGGAUUGAGAUCAAGAAAAAGGUUCAUGCAUUCCUCGUAGAGGACAGAGCACAUGCACAAUCAGCAGAAAUUUAUAAAACAUUAGAGGAUUUGAUCGGGAAAAUGAAAGAGGCAGGAUAUGUGCCCAAUACAAACUUUGUGUUGCAAGAUGUGGAGGAGGAAGAAAAGGAGCAUACCUUAUGUAGUCAUAGUGAGAAGCUGGCUCUUGCUUUUGGGCUUAUGAAUAUUCAAUGCCCUGGUACAUCUAUCCGAAUCAUAAAGAAUCUUCGCAUUUGUGGGGAUUGCCACCAUGCCAUGAAGUUUAUCUCCAGAAUUGUUGAACGAGAAAUAAUUAUUAGAGACUUGAGUCGCUUUCAUCAUUUCAAGAAUGGGGAAUGUUCUUGUGGAAAUUACUGGUGA